CCGCCUUUGCUAUCAUUCGACAGUCGCGAUUUGCGGCGCACAGACGUGCGAUUGACUAAGUAACUUACUCGAGUAACUUACUCUGCGCCAUGUAUCCGCAACUGGAAACGGAAGCGGAGGCUCUGGAAAAGGCCACGGCGCGGGCUCUUUUACCAGGUGCCACCAGCAAGCCCGCCAGUGAAGCUGGCAAGGCUCCCAGGACAAACAAAUGGAAGCGCCGCCUGCAUCGCCACAUCCCGGUCUUCCAAUGGCUUCCACUCUACACCACCGAAUGGGGCAUCGACGACUUCAUCGCCGGCAUCACCCUGGGACUCACCAUCAUACCCGAAAGCAUGGCCUGUGCCCUUCUGGCUGGCCUUCCCGCUCGAUAUGGCCUCUGCUCGGCGUUCAUCGGACCGCUGAUCUAUCUGGUUUUCGGUUCGAUCGACAAGGUCAUCAUUGGACCCACCAGCCUGGUGGCUCUGGUCAGUGUGCAGUUCACCGUGGGACGACCCAUCGAAUUCGCCUUCCUGCUCACCUUUCUCAGCGGAAUUGUGCAGAUCAUCAUGGGCACGAUGAGGAUGGGAUUUAUUUUCGAGUUCAUCUCCAUGCCGGUGAUCAAAGCCUUUUCCUCGGCCACUGCCAUCCUGGUAAUAGAAUCCCAGCUGAAAGUAUUACUAGGCAUAAAAUACUUAGUGGCUGGAUUGAUAAACUCGGUUGGAAUGCUGAGUUCCCGCAUUGAAGAGUCGAAUAUGGCUGAUUUCAUCAUGGGCGUUUGUGCCAUAGUUUUCCUGCUCCUAUUAGAGUUACUAGAACGCGUGGCCAACAAUGAGAAGCGAAACAAAGUUCUGAGGAUAUGCUGUCGAUACUUGUCCACCUCCAGGAACACAUUGAUUGUACUCAUCGCCGCUAUCGUUUCUUUUAUUUGGAUUCAAAAAUAUGGCCAAGUUCCAUAUGCUCUGAGCAAGAAUGCCCUGGCCACUCUACCCAACUUCACAGUGCCCAGUUUCAAUAUCGAAACCCCCGAGCGCAGCUACAGCAUUUGGGAAGUUGUAAAGGAACUGAAUAUUGGCAUCAUAGUUAUUCCAAUUGUGGGCAUUCUAACGAAUAUAUCCAUUGGAAAGUUGACUCCCAAGGGAUUGGUGGACACCAACCAGGAACUGCUCACCGUGGGUCUCUGCAACAUGUUUGGAUCCUGUGUGCAGGCGAUGCCGUCAUCAGGAGCAUUUACACGAUAUGCCAUUAGCACAGCCUGUGGCCUCAGGACUCCCAUGGCCAAUCUGUAUUUGGGCAUUAUUGUGCUGCUCGCUCUGAGCUACCUGAGUCCGUACUUCAACUACAUCCCGGAAGCGACGCUGGCCGCCAUCCUGAUAUGCUCCAUAUUCACGCUGCUCGACUUCAAGCUGCCGAUGCGAUUGUGGCGCGAUUCCAAGCGCGACUUUGCCACCUGGCUGCUGUGCUUUUGCGUCAGCGUGCUCUUCGGCGUGGAGGUGGGUCUGUUUGUGAGCAUUGUGGUGACGGCGCUGCACCUACUGUUCCUGUGGGCACGCCCCGAGAUCCGGGUGAAGAUUGAGCAGCUGGACGAGAUGCAGUACAUCCGGGUGACGCCCGGCAAUGGCAUCUACUUCCCGGCCAUCAAUUAUCUGCGGGAGCGAGUGCUCAAGGCCUGCGAGCAAGCGGACUUUCGCAUUACGGUGGUGAUCGAUGGGCAGCGCAUCAGUGGCAUGGAUUAUACGGCUGCCCAGGGUGUUUCGAAGCUAUCCAGCGAUCUGUGCCGCCAGGCAGACGCCUCCAGCUCCACGCUGCUGAUCCUCUUCAGAUUUCCGGAGCACCUGCAGAGGCUCAUCGAUCACACGGACAACCUGGUGUUCUGCGAGAGCGAGAACAAAGUGAAGGAGUUCCUCACACAGGAGUCCCUGCGCAAUGGCUACAUCAACCUGAAGGAGCACAUAAGGGCCUCCAUAGAUCUGGGCUAUAAAAUCGACAUCGAUUAGGUGGGCCCGCCCCCCAGUUAGCUGCUUGUGUUAUUUAUUUAAGUUUAGUUUCGGAGAAAUUGUCGUCGCUGGCUGCAAAUGGAAAUAAAAGUGAAGGAAAAGUGGAACAAAUGCCUUGAUGGCAGCAAUUUAUAAAAUCCCCGUCCUCCCCAAGCCCGACAACUGACCUCUGGAGGAGACGGGGGACAGGAUGGAUGCGGUGCCGCUGGCGACGCCGCCAAUGAUUGCCAAGCUAAUGGAUUUCUGUUUACUUUUUCACUUAGACGGGGCGCCAAGGAGGAAAAGCAGCAGAAUCAGAAGCAGCAGCAGCAGCAGCAGCAGGAGCACAAGGAAAAAACAAGAUUUUGAAAAAUAGCGCAAAAGAAAUUAGAGGAAAGCGAAAGCGCUCGGCUAACUUCUCUAACCAAAAAGGAAAAAUAGGAAAAAAAAUAGGAAAAACAAGGUGUGCUUGGAAAAAGGACGAAACACAGCUGAAAAGGAAAUGGCGAGAAAUUAAACUAAAGUCCUGGCGUAAAGUGGAUCAAACGCAGUAAAAACAAGUCAUGACAUAAAUUAAAUUAUUCCACAACGAACACGGAUUACUCUUUGGGCUCAAAAGUAUAAUGUUACAAAUUCAAACAUUAUACUUUUAUAUCAUACUUUUUAAGUUUUAAGUACUUUUAAGUUUAAUUUGCGUUUAUAGAUUAAACGUUUUUGUUCUAUGUAAGAUCCCCAUUUGGAAGUUACACAUUCAGUUAAUUUAAAAUUUAUUUUAAACGUACAUAAAUAAAAACAGUUUGCUUGAAAUAUA